AUGUAUACGUCGGCACCAUUCGGUGAGGUGAACAAGCACGAAGAGACCAUCGAAGUGCUCGACCUCACGACACUGGAUCCAGGAAUGGUCAAAACGCUGAAGAACAGGCCCGCCAUCGAAUUCGGCGCUGUCACUCCGGGGGCCAACACCAUUCCUCCUUCCCACGAUCUUCCGCGCCGGGCGGAAAAUACUACGACAAAGACUGCUCUAGACGCUGUGAAAACCGGACACAUCAGAACCGCCCUCUUACAGAGUCAGACGCCCAACCUCACUUCAGAUCAGACAAACGAUAGCAGAGAAAGCGGGAACAAGAGCUCCGAGACGACACCACUCAAAACACACCAGUCUCUCCCUCCCACUUCCACCUCCAAGCGCUCGAACCCCUUCAUCGAAGAAGAUGAGAAUGAGACGAAAGACAGCAAAGCCACCGAUACCAUCUCAGUCAAAAAGCGACGCCUCACCUCCACCUCACAGAGCAACGAGAACACCGCCCCAUCCCCAUCCCCAUCCCCAUCCACCCCCCCAGCACCAAACAACACCACCACCACCACCCCCACCCAACCCCUUCCCCUCUCCUUCCGCCGCCACGCCCACAUCCGCGCCCUCCACGAGCGCCUCGCGCACGAGCGCCGCGCCCGCCGCCGGGCCGAGCGGCGCCUGGCCGCGCACACGCACCAGGUCGCGCCGCUGACGCGCGUGGCGGCGCGGCUGGCGAGGUGGGUGGUCGACAUGUACGCGGCGCACGGGCGGCGGGAGGAAGAGGUGGAGGAGUUCCUGGGGGAGUUGAGGGAGGACGCGGGGGAGGGGCCUGAGGGGGGGUGGGAGAGGCUGGUUUGGUUGGGGGGGUGGUUGGGGGAUGGGGGCGGUGGGGGUGGUGAUGUUGUGUGA